AUGUUAGUAGGAUUCUCCUAUGACUGGAUCAUGGAGAUUGUUCGCAUGCUUAAAAUCAAUGUGGACUACUCUGAAGAAGCACAUCAUGACCAACUUGUAAGAAAUGCUCACCUACAGCUCUGCCUUAGUGUCUUGAACCAUCUUGGCUUCAAGGGAGAGUUCCAGCCAAGGACUUUUGCUGGCAAGUUUGCAAUGCUUGCUCUCAACGUCCGCAAUAUCGUUAUUCUCAUAACGAUUGCGAGCAACACUCCGAUCAAUUUAAAGGAGAAGCUGAGCCCUCUGGACGAGCCCGAGGUUGUCGAUGCCCUUGCUGGCUGCGCAAAAUGGGCUCUUGACCUUCUAUCGUGGCUUACGGACUCCCUUUUCAAUCUUCUGGAUGAUCCAAAGUUCAUGGCUCUCCUAAAUCCUGCAAAUUUCUCUGAAAUGACCUCAUACCUACAAUCGAAGAAGGACGUCUCUUUACAUCUAAUCCUCUGCUCCUCUACCCGGGGUUUCCUCUCGGCGUCGUGUAGGCGACUCCUACAUCUGGAGUCAUUGUCUAACCGUGCAAUCCAAUACUACGAGAACAAGCACGCCAUGCAGACGGCAACAGACCCCAACAACGCCGCUAUCAGAACCACGUCGACCUUACACACCGCUUACCUGAAGAUGCAGCGCUACACCACAUCAUCGCUCAUCAAAGUUCAAGAGUUCGACAAGCUCCUUCAGGGCCUGAGCGCCGAGAUCCGUGGCGCAUACCAAACCUCUUUCGCAGGGUUGGCGCAGAAGCAGCCACCACAAGGGGCGAAGCCUGGCGCAAACGAUGCCGCCGUCAAGCGAGCCCAGAUUCACUGCGAGCUAAACUUGCUGCUGGCUGCUAGUCCCCAGCCCAGCUUCCUGCCUGUCAUCAAGAAGUUCUUUGAGACGGAUCUUAAAAAUUUCCGCAACAAUACGGACCCUGCAAGCCUCUUCUUCGCUAACUUUGAGCUUCUUGAAGUCGAGGACGAACGUCGAAGCCUUGCUGCGAAGAAGGCCAAGGGAAAAUACAUCGAUGUGUUCAAGCGCGUUGAGCUGACAGCACUCAAGGCUGAUGGUCUCGAGGAGAACACUGCCGCCAAUACUAAAUCACCGCAGUGGAGAAGAUGCGUGCGCUGUGCCUCAAUCAUGGAAGAUGCUUGGGGAACCCGGCCGGGCUUUACAUUCGUGUUGGCGCAGCAGCGCAAGUGCUCUUGUGGAGGAAACUGGGGAUUGUUACCCAAAGGAGCACUCGUGUGUUAG